CGGCGGGCCGGCGCCAUGCGGCUGGAUCCGGGGCCCGCGGCGCUGGCUGUGGCGGCGAUGCUGUUGCUGCGCGCCGCGGCGGCCGGCGCGGGCCAGGCCGAGGAGCUGCACUACCCGCAGGGCGAGCACCGCGCCGACUACGACCGCGAGGCGCUGCUGGGCGUCCAGGAAGACGUCGAUGAAUAUGUCAAACUCGGUCCCGAAGAGCAGCAAAAAAGACUGCAGGCGAUCAUAAAGAAAAUUGACUCGGACUCCGACGGCUUUCUCACUGAAGGUGAACUCAGCCAGUGGAUUCAGAUGUCUUUUAAGCAUUAUGCCAUGCAGGAGGCCAAACAGCAGUUUGUGGAAUACGAUAAAAACAGUGAUGGGACGGUGACAUGGGACGAGUACAACAUUCAGAUGUACGACCGAGUGAUCGACUUCGAUGACAGCACAGCCCUGGACGACGCGGAGGAGGAGUCCUUUAGACAGCUUCAUUUAAAGGACAAGAAGCGAUUUGAAAAAGCGAAUCAGGAUUCGAGCCCUGGUUUGAGCCUUGAAGAAUUCAUUGCUUUUGAACAUCCUGAAGAAGUUGAUUAUAUGACGGAGUUCGUCAUUCAGGAGGCUUUAGAAGAACAUGACAAAAACGGUGAUGGCUUUGUUAGUUUAGAAGAAUUUCUUGGUGAUUACAGACGGGAUCCAACUGCAAACGAAGAUCCUGAGUGGAUACUUGUUGAGAAAGACAGAUUUGUGAAUGACUACGACAAAGACAGUGACGGCAGGCUUGAUCCCCAGGAGCUGCUGUCCUGGGUGGUACCCAAUAAUCAGGGCAUUGCCCAAGAGGAGGCCGUUCAUCUGAUUGGUGAGAUGGAUUUGAACGGGGACAAGAAGCUGUCUGCAGAGGAGGUUCUGGAGAGCCAGGACUUGUUUCUCACCAGCGAGGCCACAGAUUACGGGCGGCAGCUGCACGAUGACUACUUCUACCACGAUGAGCUCUGAGCACCACUGCAGCCUGGACCGCAUCCGUUCAGAACUUCUGACCAGCUUUACUUUUGUGAUAAAAUAUUGACAGAUUUUACACUCUUCAGUCUAACUACAGCCAAAAGGAUCUCCAUGUAGGUUGUCAUUUUGGCUUCUAGAAGAAAAAAAAAAACAACAAAAACCUGAUAUUUGUUUCAAGAUGUAUUUGAAGAAGUUAAACAUUAAUAUUGUGCCAUGUGGCCAUACAUUCUUUCCUAAACACGCCAUCUGUUUAGUUCAGCCUUGUGGAAUAUUUCAAUUCUUUCUCUGUACUUGAAAAAAAAAUGGAGGAUUUUAGACCUGCUUAAACAAUAUUAUUAUUUAAGUAGUUUGUGACAGCUCUGCAGGUUCCUUUGGUACUAAGUAGAUCUAAUUGGGAAACUGACAGGAAGACCAGUGUGUUUAGAUUUAGGGGUUUUUUUUGUUUUGUUUUUAAGGAAUUUUCAAAAAAUGUAAACCUCACGUUCAUGUUGCAUUUGACUUAAUUUUAAAAUGGUUUCUCUAAAGGGUUCUGUCGUAUGAAAUAGAACUUUAUAUUUUUGCAUAUGUAUAGAUAGUAAUUAUAUUUAAUGUAUAACUAUAGCAUUAUGGUGAGUGGCAUUUGACAUGUCCCAGCCCUUUUUGGUUUUGACCGAUUAAAGAUGAACUUCCUUUUGUA